GGAGGGGACGUUGGGUUCGUGCAGCUCAGACUGACUCGCUGCUCCGUCUUCCACCAGCUCCGACUGAGUCCUGAGGAUGAAGAUCGCCGUGCUCGGAGCCACUGGGCAGACCGGACAGUUUCUGGUCAAACAGGCGCUGGAACAAGGUCACGUCGUCACCGCCGUCGUCAGGAACCCGGCCAAGCUCGCCGUCCACAAUGACAACCUGAAGGUGGUGAAGGCGGAUAUUUUUACCGCCGACAGCCUCAAAGAUCAUUUCAAAGACCAGGAUGUGGUCAUGUCCUGCCUGGGUUUCCCCGCCUCCUUCUUCUCCGGGGUGACGGGCUACACCAUGUCCAUGGCGGCGGUGGUCGGCGCCAUGCAAGAGGCCCGGGUCAGCCGCCUCAUCACCAUGACCUCCUGGUACACGGAGCCAAACUCCGGGACCCAGUCGUCGUACCUGAUCCGCUUCCUGCUGCUGCCCAUGAUCAGAAGCGUCCUCAACAACAUGUACGAGAUGGAGCAGUCGCUGGCCAAGACGCAGGACAUCAACUGGACCGUGGUCCGGCCUCCCGGCCUCAAGAACCUGCCCGCUACAGCUCAGGAGUUCCUGACCCACGAGGGAUACUUCGUACCCGAGAGCAGCGGCCAGCCUCCCCGUAGCGCCGUCGGAAGAGGAGACGUAGCGCGCUUCAUGCUGUCUCUCCUGAACAGCAACGCCUGGGUGAAGAAGGGAGUCGCCAUCACCACCAAGUGAGCCAGACGCUCCAUCCAGGCUCAGAUCUCACCGAACCUUCAACAUGUUUUUGUUUAACCCUUUAACACCUGUGUUUAUAUUCUUUGGUUUAAUGUAACUUUUCAACCAUUAACACGACAAUUCAGUUUAUUAAACAUUUUGUGUUUAUGAGUCACCGACGCCUCAGGUGUUAAAGGGUUGAUAAUUAAAAAAUAUAAAGGUUUAAAUAAAAGUAAAAAAUACAUUUAAAUUAUCAAAUCAAACGUAAAAGUGAAAUUCUUCCACAACUGAUCCUUUAUGAAGACCAUAGGCCUUAUGGACUCUGAUGUCUGUUUACUUUUUACCACGCACGUGCCAUUGUAACUAUGGCUGCAGUACGCGCUUCCGUCCACACGAGGGCAGUGUUGUAUUCUGUAAUGUGAAGCUCUGAUUGAUAUAUUUUUGUUUUCAUUUUGUGAUGUUUUUCUGGAUGAUACCACCUAAAGAAAAAAAUAAAUAUUGAGACGUGUGGA